AUGCUUGACACUCGCGUCGCCGCAGAAGUCGAGCAAUUAAUCCUUCAGCCUCCUGCGACAACUCCGUACAGUGAUUUAAAAGCCGCUUUAAUAAAAUGCUUCACGAGGUCCGAAGAAGCACGGAUCACUCAGUUCCUCCACAGAAAGAGACUUGGCGAUCGGACACCAUCGCAACAUUUACGUCAUCUGCGUACGCUAGUUCCCGGCAUUGAUGACGCUAUAAUUAAAGCACGUUGGUUUUCCCAUAUGCCAAAUGAGAUUCAAGUAUGUCUUAAAGCUUUCAGCGAUUCAACGCGUGACAAGCUUGCCGAGUCAGCUGAUCGUAUGGUUGAGCGUAUAUCGCUCAAACCCCAAGUUGCCGCUGCUACAGCAAAUUCAUGUUCAACCGCCGAGCACGGCGAAAUUGCCGCACUGCGAAGAGAAAUUGCGCAACUCACGAAUCAAGUGAGAAACGUGAAAGUUAAACGCGGCAGAUCCAGAAGUCGAUCACGGUCACGUCUACCAAAGAAGUUUGAGUUCUGUUGGUACCACUUCAAGCACGGUACAAAUGCCCGAUCGUGCGCACCCGGCUGCAAAUGGCAGGGAAACGCAAACGAGAAUCAAUAG